AGUGACUGCUGUCUUUGCUGGAUAUGAGUGAUGCAAAGCUGUAAUUAGGAAGAGAGGAAAGAAUGUGCAGCCUGCCCUCAGAGUGAAAGGGAUCACUAAAAAAUGCUGGGUGCCUGUGGCAUGCAGAAGUGUCACCAAGAGGCCCUGAAAAGGAAUCGUGUGUCUCUAGCAAAACAGCUAGUACUGAAGGAACUGUUGGAACAUCUCAUAGAAAAAGAUGUUAUCACUGUGGAAAUGGUGGAGAUUAUACAGGCCAAGGAUGGGAGUUUUAGCCAAAAUGUAGAAUUUCUAAACUUGCUACCUAAGAGAGGUCCCGACGCCUUCUCAGCCUUCUGUGAAGCUUUACGAGAAACCAAACAGCAGCACUUGGAGAAAAUGCUUCAGAGCAACAUCCCCAGACAGAUCAAUGGAACUGAAAGGAUACUACCUAGUUUGAAUUAUGGCUGUGAGGAAAGUUUGUAUUUUCCUGUCCCUGAAUCCGGAACCUUGCAGAAAAGACCACGUUUAAAUAAUGAACCAAUGGAGUAUUCCUUGGAUGAUGGAGAUGGUCCCCACUAUCCUGAAGUGAAGCCGUGCACACCAGAAUUCUACCACACUCACCAGCAUCUGGCAUACAGAUUGAUAUCGCGUCCAAGAGGCUUGGCACUCAUACUUAGCAAUGUGCAUUUCAACGGUGAGAAGGAUCUAGAAUUCCGUUCUGGCGGAGACGUGGACCAUGCUGCCCUGCAGAAGCUCUUUGAAUACCUUGGGUACCGGGUGUUUGUGCGGCACGAUCAGACUGCACAGGAAAUGCAGGAAGAAUUGGAAAAAUUUUCAAAGAAUCCAUCUCACAGAGGUGUUGAUUCUUGCAUAGUGUCACUUCUCUCGCAUGGCAGAGAGGGCGGAGUCUAUGGAGUGGAUGGCAAGCUGCUUCAGUUGCAGGAGAUUUUCAGGCUCUUCGAUAACGCAAACUGCCCCGGACUUCAGAACAAGCCCAAAAUGUUUUUCAUUCAAGCGUGCCGGGGAGAUGAGACAGACCGGGGAGUGGACCAAAUAGACGGGAGCGAGCGCGCUGACUCCCCAGGUUGUGAAGAAAGUGAUGCUAAGAUGGAGGAAAACCCCAAGCUCCGCCUUCCCACGUGCUCUGAUAUGAUCUGCGGCUAUGCCUGUUUGAAAGGCACGGCUGCCAUGCGGAAUACCAAACGUGGCUCCUGGUAUAUCGAGGCACUCACCUCUGUGUUUGCUGAGGAUUCACGGAAUAUGCAUGUAGCGGACAUGCUCGUGAAGGUGAACGGAUUGAUCAAGCACCGGGAAGGCUACGCCCCUGGCACAGAGUUCCACCGCUGCAAGGAGAUGUCAGAGUACUGCAGCACUCUCUGUCGAGACCUUUAUCUAUUCCCGGGCUUUUCCCCUGGGAACUAACC